UUCUUUCUCUAGAUUUCUAUGGCGACGCUGCUACGGAGGUUCUUCAAGUCGCUGGCCUUGUCGUCGUCGGCGUCUCAAGAGGAAUCGCCCGAAUCGGCGCAUUCCCUGGCGGAAUUUCCAGAUGAUCUCCUUGGCGCGGUGCUCCGGCAGCUUAGCCCCGAGGAUCUGGCAACGGCGAGCUUGGUAUGCAAAUCCUGGCACGCCUCCGCCACUGAGGACUCGAUCUGGGAGGCGAUUCUUCGGCGCGAGACGAGCUCCUGGUGGCCGUUCGUGCGGUUUAUGGAGGCCUAUUUGCGUCCAGAGUUUUCCCAAAGAUUUUUAGCAAUUCCAGUGGAGCUGGAGCUUCCUUUCUACAAGAUCUAUUGCGGCAGGCGUAGUUUACAACAGUGUCUUAUAAUCGAUGGAGGAUCCGGGUAUUGUAAAUAUGGACUCGCGAAUAAAUUCGCUCCCGAAGGAAAGCUGGCGACAUUUCUGGAGUUUGGGAACAUUGACUCUCCUCUUGCUCCGCGGCUGUCUAAUCUCUAUCAAACGAUUCUUAACAGGAUGAAAACAAAAGCUUCAGCACAACCGGUUGUCAUCUCAACUCCAAUAUGCCAAAAUGAUGAUACGGAUGUAGCGUUGGCAAUGCGACGGCAAUACAGGGAAACAACAUUUAAUGUACUGUUUGAUCUUGGAUUUCCUGCGGUGUGCGCUGUUAACCAGGCAGUUUUGGCUCUUUAUUCGGCGAUGAGGACUUCGGGAAUAGUUGUAAAUAUCGGCUUUCAUGUUACUAGUGUUGUUCCAGUUUAUAAUGGAACAGUGAUGAGAAACAUCGGUGUAGAGGUCAUUGGCCAAGGAGCGCUCCGCUUAACUGGAUAUUUAAGUGAGCUCAUGCAUCAGAAUGGAACAAAUUUUACGUCAAUGUACGCAAUCAGAACUUUGAAAGAGAGACUGUGCUAUGUAGCGGAAGACUACGAAGCAGAGCUACUGAAAGAUACCAGUGCUUCGUGUGACGUUGGCGACGAUGGCAACUUCGUGCUAAAGCACGAGCGGUUUAAAACGGGAGAACUUCUCUUCAGACCAUGGCUUGGCGGCAUGCGAGCUAUGGGAUUGCAUCACGCCGUUGCCUUGUGCAUGGAGCACUGCGCAGACCUGGACUCUUCUGGUGAAGAAUGGUACAAAACCAUAGUUUUGACAGGAGGAUCGGCAUGCCUUCCCGGCAUAAAAGAGCGACUAGCCAAGGAACUUCGCUACUAUCUGCCAGUCUCUCUAGUGGAAGGGAUGACCAUCAUACCACCGCUUCACGGACCUCACGGAGCAUGGAUUGGAGCUAAGCUCCUGAGCGACAUGAGCAGCUUUCCACGGGAAUGGUGCGUGAGCCGAAAGAAGUUCCGGAAGGUUGGCUCCAGCAUUCUCCAUGCCAUGGCGUUUGAUGACAGCUAGAGAGCACACCACCGAAAACUCGGUACUGCUCCGACGACAAGAGAAAAGUCUGGUAAAGUUCGUGACGAGUUUUAUAGCUGUGAAUUCAGAGCAGCGGAGGACGACCUCCGUCCCAACCCGUGACUUUGAUGUUCUUCGCGCGGUGGUUUUCAUUUUCU